CGGGCUCAGGGACGUUCUUUUUCCUUCUGUGGAGCAGAGUAGCAGCAGCUCCCAAGGGAGCCUCGGUCCCCAGAGGCCAGGCUCGCUGCCCGUCCAGCCUCCCCCAUCCCAGACUUGGGGGCCAGAGCCCAAGGGCUGGGAAAGGGGACCGAGCCCCUUUCCAGCUGCCAGGCGGAGGGGCAGGAGCCCUGUGCACACCCCGGGCGACCUCAGGAGACAGCGGGUGAACAGGAGACCCCGCCAGCCCCGGGCCAGUGUAGGCAUCCACUCCAGGACCCCCAGCACGUGGGCGCCCUCAGACCUGGCCCCUCCUCCAGUUCAGAGCAGAGCCUUGGGGUGCCAGGGAGUGGAGGGGGAUGGGGCCCUGCCCCCACUCGCAGCGGGUAGGGGUGCGGAGGAGGAAGAGCAGUUCUCUGCCUGGCUACCAGACCUCGGGGGUUGCCACACCCCUUCCCUUCCCUACAAGCUAGACCCCUGAAGGAAAGGCGGGCUGGGGCCCAGUUUGAGGGUUCCCCGUCCAUGUCCAUGAUUUCAGGGGAAGCAGGCAGCUGGCCAGGGCCCUCAGCCCAGGGGACCCCACACUCUGCCCUAGAUCUGGGUCACGGCAGGGCCUCUGCGUGCCCAGGCCCCAGAGGCAAGGGUGCCCUGAGCGUGCCUGAGUCAGGCCCUGCACCUCUGAGCACGGCUCCCGGCGCCCCCGGCAUCCCCGCCGCUCCCUCCUUCCCACCUGCGAGACCCCAGCAGCCAGCAGGCCACGUGGGCCAGGCGGGGGUUGAAAGGCCACAGGCCCAGGGGUGAUGUGAUAAUUACAUGAGAAAACGAAGUGAAAGCAAGUCCUGAGCCUGCUGGCCACCGGGACGGGGGUGGGGGCAGGCCUGGGGGGUCACAAAGGCUGUGCGGGGGUGCAGCCGGGCCCUGGGGUCCUCACCCCGGCCAGGGCAGGCAGAGGCAGGUGCUGUGGUGGGAAAGCAUUCAGACUGCCCCUGGGGCACUGAUCGGCCACCCAGGUGUGGACUCUGGGAUCCGCAUGGACUCUGGGAUCCGUGGUUGGCCUUGGGGACGGAAGGGGGGGGCUGGGGGGCUGCUCGGGCUCCUCACCCCCGCUGGGGGCUUCAGGGCCCAGUGCCCCCUGCACGCCUGCACCUUGAAACGUGGGCACAGGCAUUGUAAACAAUGCCGACCCGCACCCCGUCUGGGGAUCCCGCACCUUGACCCUGGGAGCUGGACACCCCGACCCAUUGCUGCCCUCCUCCCCGCUCCCCUCCCUGACUGGCACCCCAGGCUGCACUGGCUUCCACCGCCUGGUGGGGCUGGGGGAAGGGAGGCUGGGAGGCCCUGGGUGUGGUAAGGUGCCCGCUGGGGGUUGGGGUGCCAGGGGCAGCGUCUGGGCCUCAGGAGCCCUGCAUCCCCCACGAGGCGCCUGGCCCUCCUCACUGUGCCCUGCUGCAUUCCCCACACCCCCAGACCCUCAAGUCCUGCCCCACACGCAGGCUGCAGGCUGGGCAGCUGCGAACAGGCUGGAACCCUCCGGGGCUGAGGGCAGAUCUGGGCACCUGGGGGGGGGCAAGCCCUCCCCACCUCGCCCACUCCCUACAGAAAACCCAGAAUGGAGGGAGCAUUAGGCUGAUAGCCCCAGACUCUUGGGGCCCCCCAGGCCCCUUGGGAGGGGCCAGGAGCCGGAAACCAAGAAAGAGGAACCCAGACUUCCGGCUUCCCAGGGACCGAGCAAACGGGGGUGUCCCAGAACCUCCUGUGGAGAUCUUGUCUGGCUCCUCCUCACCGCCCCUGCCCUUGCUCGCAGUCCCGGUGCAGGUGGGGGCAGGGGAGCAGGCCCCUCGGGCUCCUGGGCGGAGGGAGAGGCAAGUAGAGACUGUCGUCUCAGGUUCUCAGCGGGAACCCCCACCUCUCUUCUCAGACCCCCAGGCUGUGGUGAGGGUCCCGGAGCCAGCACCACGGAGCCCGGGCGACCUCCUCCACCCACCCAUGCCCACCCCGCAUGAGGCUGAGAAGCAGGGCCAGAGGAGGCAGGCCGGCCCCCCUCGAUGUCCAGUCAUGACGCGGCCCCCCCGGCUGCCCCCAGCCGCAACCCCUGCUGCUUGUGCUGGUGUUGCUGUUGCAGCUGCUCCUGGAACGAGGAGCGGCGGCGUGCGUGGCGGGCCUCCCGGGACAACAAGCUGCAGCCCCUGCCCAGCUGUGAGGCGUGCGCCACGCCAAGCCCCGAGGAGGUGCGGAGCUGGGCGCAGUCGUUCGACAAGCUGAUGCACAGCCCGGCGGGCCGCGGCGUGUUCCGGGAGUUCCUGCGCACGGAGUACAGCGAGGAGAACAUGCUCUUCUGGCUGGCGUGCGAGGAGCUCAAAGCGGAGGCCAACCAGCACGUGGUGGACGAGAAGGCCAGGCUCAUCUACGAGGACUACGUGUCCAUCCUGUCCCCCAAGGAGGUGAGCCUGGACUCCCGGGUGCGGGAAGGCAUCAACAAGAAGAUGCAGGAGCCGUCCGCGCACACCUUCGACGACGCGCAGCUGCAGAUCUACACGCUCAUGCACCGGGACUCCUACCCCCGUUUCCUCAGCUCCCCCACCUACCGCGCCCUGCUGCUCCGGGGGAGCUCCCAGUCCUCGCACGAGGCCUAGGCCGCCCGGCACAGCAGCACCGACACGGACCCCGGCGGGGGGCAAAGACUCGGUGACCCGCACCAGUGUGUGUGUCAGCAGGCGUCCGGCACGCCCACAGGCGCAGCACCCCUGGGGGCGGCCCCGGACGGGAGCCCCCGAGGUCCCGCCGAGGGGCAGGUGUGAGGGCCUCCGGGACGCUGGCUGGCCGGGGGCUCCUGCCGGGGCUCCUGUGCAGGGAGAGGGGCCCCCCGGGGGGGCAGCGGUCACGGAUCCAGAAGCCUCCCCAGGCAGCCGGGGACCUUGACAGACGCCUUAGAUGGGAAGCAGAGCCUCUGUACUGUCGAGCUGUGACGCAAGGACACCCUCCAACUCACGCUGUCUGCACCCAGAUCAGACCCAGAACCUCAGAACUAGGCUCAAGGCAACAGGAGCCAGUUUCUUUUUUAUAUUUUCAUUAAUUUUAAACCUGGAAACAUAUCCUUACUGUAUUUUAUCAAAAAAAGAAAAAGAUGUUUUCAUAUUUAUCUCCAUUCCUUCUUCAUCCAAAAUAGGAUCUUAUUAUUGAAGAUAUUUUUAAAGCAAA